GCUCUAUGUAUAGAAUGAUCUGCGUGUUAUAUUUGUACAUACACGAUUAAAGUUUAAACGUCUUUUUACAAGGAAGCAAAUGUGUGUGUGUAGUUUUGUAUAAAAAUUUAAGCUUUUAAUUAAACAAAACAAAAUGGAAGUCACUGGUAGAAAAGCUGAUAAAGACGGAUCUGUAGCUGUUGGGAAGAAAAGUGAUAAACUGUGUGAAUCAUGCAAAGAUGAUGAUAUCACUACAUAUGCAGAUGGACUAUGUCGUGAGUGUAACGAAUUUAUGUGCAACACAUGCUUUCGGCAUCAUCUGAGAGCGAGGCAGUGCAGGAAGCAUGUGUUCGUUGACGCUGACCCUACCUUGUUACUGUUGAGAAAAGCUGACGAAAACACCAAAAAAUGUAAACAACAUUCGGAUGAAACAAUAAAAUACUACUGCCGAAAGCAUGACAUGGUAGGGUGUGGUGAUUGUAUGAUACGCGAGCAUGGUGCUUGUAAGCCUGAAUUUAUUGAGGACUUAUCAAAAGAUUUCCAAGAGAACAAAGAAUUCCAAACCUUAGUCAGAAAUUUGGAGAAAAUGACCUCUGCAAACCAAGACAUCGGCAAGGCAAUUGAACAUAGUAAGAAAGAACUCGGAAUAAUGUGUGAAAUGGCACUGAAAGAAAUAAGCAAAUUUAGAACAGACAUUAAUGUGUUUUUGGACAAGGUGGAAGCUGAUGUUGUAAAUGAGGUGAAUCGCUUGAAGUCUGACAAUGAAAAUUUAUUGAACAAGUUAGAGAAAGAAUGCCAGCAGCUUUCAUCGAAUAUUGAUAAAUUGAAACAAAAGAUAGACGCAGAACUCUACCAAGGAAAUUUGUUGUUUAUCCACACAGUUGAGAGUAAGCCUGAUAUUCUCAACAUUGAACACGGACUUGCACGAUCACAAUCUGAAAACCGUAUGCUAAGCAUUAAAUUUAUACCUGACAAGCAGCUGCUCAACAGCGUCGCUUCUGAUAAAAGACUUGGCCAUGUAGAUGUUACAACUAACAAGGUCUAUCAGACAGAAGGGAUGUCAAGUGUCGUGUUUGUCGGGGCGCGUGUACGUCCCAGAUCAGACUGUACACAUGGAAAAAAGUUCCACCAUUUCCAACCUGGCACUGUGGCCGAUGUAGAUGAAAAAGGAAUCAUCACGGUGAAAUGGGAUCGUUCUGGGAAGCAAACGCCUGGUUACAGACUAGGAAACUUUAAGUCAAAAUCCACUUUUGAUGUAGAACUUAUUUAACAAUUUAUGCAGUAUUUUCUGAGUAAACAUAUAGUUUUCGAAGUUUGAAUGUUAUUUUUGUAAUCACAACGAUUAAUUAAUCUGUAAAAAGAUGCUGUGUGGUGAAAAAUUGAUUUAACUUUAAACUGCUUUAGAAACAGCUUUGUAGAAGUGUAAUGAAUGAAUCAUAUUAUUCAAACAAUGGAAAUAACCUUGAAGUUAGUGUGAAAGUGUUAAGAUUCAAUUAAAAACUUGUUCCGUACGUAAAUUUAAUGCAACCCAGACAAAGUAGUCUUUAACAAAUAGUGAAAGUGGUAUGACUUUUCAAGUAACUGGCUGGAUGAAUUGCAUGAAAGGAAUAAUUGUAUUCAAACCAUGAUAGACGAUCAAGCGUACUAAAAUGUUUUGGUCGGUCUGAUAUUAGGUAAAGCAUAUUAUAAAUAAAAUAUAUUGAUGACGUCA